CGCGGGCUGUGGAGAAUACGUGGAGGGCGACGUGGUCACUGCCGGAGACAAGCAUGCCUUCCAUCCCAACUGUUUCCAUUGCCAACGAUGCAGACAACCGUUACUCGGACAGGGGACCAAGGUUUCCCUCGUCCAAGGUGCGUUUCCCAUCGAAAUUAUUCACAUUCCGUUUUAAUAAAUCGUUUCAGAAAGAAAACCAUCGAGAUGGGCAAGAUACUUGUUAAAUACUGCACUUCCUAAAAAACCUAAUCGAGUCUAAUCGUAAUUUCUAAUUGUAAAUCAUACUUGAGCGAGGACAAUCCGGUUUAAACUCGAAAGGAGAACGAGAAGAUUCGCUGGUUGCGAUUCGAUCGUCAGAAUUGGAGUACCGGUAAACCUGUUAAAGGCAAAUUACCACUUAGGUGUAUCGUGAGCGAGGUUACGCUCACGUGGCCUUGUAACGAUUACGCGGUGAACGCUUAAAAAUACGCACGCGUCGAAACGAGCGUAUCGCAAGUUAAACUUGCUCCGUUUCGCUUCUCCUCAUUGUUUCCUCGUGCAAAUAUUUAUGCGCAUCUUCUACCACCGUUGUUGUAUCGAUCUGGCCGGUCGAGGACAACGAUAAUGCCGCUUAUUUUUAAACGAUACCGCAAAUAAGACAAUACUACUGCGUGCAGCUUCGAUCCUCGAUCUUUGAACUCUUCGAUUAGAAGGAUGCGUACGCGCGUUCCAAGAAAAUCGAGACGAUAACUGGAAGCACGUUUACCGAUUACCGUGAGAAAUUGAUCGAUCGUAUCGAUCGGCGAAGCUGGAAUCGGUUAUUUAUACGCGAAGAGAAAACAACGAAUGGACGAACGCUUCUCCUUUUCUACCGUUGGUAUUGCGCGUUGCAACGAUGAAUCAGCCGCGAAGAUACGGGAUCUAUGGUCAAGCUCUUUGCCACCGAUGCGUCGGUAUCCCUGUCCGAGAGGCCUCGACGCCAAUCGGGAAUAGCUCGGCCACCAGAGGAUCCGGAGACGGGCCCUCCGACCCCGGUGCCUGCGCUGGUUGUGGAAACCAAUUACGAGAAGGUCAGGCUUUGGUAGCUCUCGAUCGACAGUGGCACGUAUGGUGUUUAAAAUGUCACAGCUGUGACACCGUCCUUCAUGGAGAGUAUAUGGGAAAAGACGGGGUGCCUUAUUGCGAGAAGGAUUACCAGAAAUUGUUCGGUGUGAAAUGCGCCUAUUGCAAUCGUUACAUCAGCGGAAAGGUGCUGCAGGCAGGUGACAAUCAUCAUUUUCACCCGACUUGUGCCCGUUGCACCAAGUGUGGCGAUCCCUUCGGCGAUGGAGAGGAGAUGUACUUGCAGGGCGCUGCCAUUUGGCAUCCCCGUUGUGGCCCGGGUCCUAGCGGACCCAAUGGUAUCGUGAACGGCCACGGAGAAGCUCACACGCCACAGCAUCGAGAAUCAGAACGGAUUUCCAGCAGCGCAUCGGAGAUGCAGUUUUCAUUGCGGUCACGCACGCCAAGCCUGAACGGAUCACUCUGCAGCCCUUACAGCAGCCUCAGUCGCAAGUAUUAUCCCGCGCGAACUGGAAGUCCCGGAUUGAUAUUGCGAGAAUACGGACGUGGUCCAUCCGAAGAUGUGUCUAGGAUUUAUACUUAUUCGUACUUGACCGAAACGCCGACCCAAGGAUACUUGAGACGUCCGAUACAGCCGUACGACAAACCUCCGACUAGCCCACACUUUCAUAGACCUAGCUCGUCACGUUCGAUAAGAAGCAGUGGCGGACGCAGCAGCCGAUCUGGAAUGCGUGCUCUGGUCGAUGCUCUCAGCGAGACCAGACCAAAGUCACCGGCCAGUCAAGUAGAUAAUGACGAGCCAAUAGAGUUGGCGCAUUAUCCGGACGCCAUGAAACCUCCUCCUGGAACCAAACCGCCGAUCGAGAGAGAUGAUUUUCCCGCUCCACCUUAUCCUUAUACAGAUCCUGAAAGACGUAGACGAUGGUCCGACACUUAUAAGGGAGUACCUGCAUCCGACGACGAGGACGAAGUGGAUAACAAAACUUAUAUAAAGGAGGUGGAGGAGAAGUUGAAGAAAGAACAGGACGAGCUGAGCAAAAUCGAUACUGGAAUAGCGAAAGUGUUUUUGCAAGAUCGUGAAAAGGAUCGAGAGAAUUUGAGACACAGAGCCGCGAACGUUGAUCCUAGAAAUGCGUCGAGAACGCCAUCAGCUGCCAGAGAACCGACUUAUAGACUGCGAUACGAGAGUCCAGUUGGCGCUUCGCCUUCGAGGAACAUAGAUCACGCCAGACCGUGGGAGGACGAUGAUGGUUUCAGUUAUAGAUCUAGCGUAGGACCUAGUUACAACGUUGGGAGGUCAUCGGCACGUUCCCCGGCUCCCAGAAACUAUCCACCCCUUGGUACUCAACGCGCCUUCACUCUUCCAAACGCCGCUAGGCACUAUCAUUCGGGUGAUUAUUCGUUCAGUGGGAUGGGAGACAAGACGCACAGCACUGAUUUCUCAUCUGGCAAGUCAGAUAUAUCGACAGGAAGCAUCACGGAUGUGGAUCGACGGGCAUUGGUAUGUACCACAGCCCCAUACUACUCCCGGCGAAUUAGCAUGAAUGAUGGUGGAAUGCUGCCAUCAUCUACCACGUAUACAGGUGGCCUAGGUUCGGUAGUUGGAAGUCACGGGGGCCAUCACGUGAGGAGAUCACUGCCAGACAUGGGGACAGCACCGUCCGAACCGCCGAAACUCUAUCCUUAUCAUUUACUUGUCAUCACAAACUAUAGGCUGCCCGCUGACGUGGAUCGUUGCAACCUCGAAAGACAUCUUUCCGACGCGGAGUUUGAGGCAGUACUUCAGUGUACUCGUGCCGAGUUCUACAGAUUGCCGCAAUGGCGUCGUAACGAAAUCAAAAGACGUGCCCGGCUGUUUUAACUGGCAGCUAUCACGCUACGUGUUCUACUUAUUACCUUCAUCGUGUCACGACUGUGUUACCGUGCUAUAGAGUGUACAUUCCUUCCGCGUGGUAGGUGUUGUAUCAUGAGAGAAAAGGAGAACACGUGUUCGGGGAACCAACGAUUCGUAUCCGGUUUUCGAUCGCGAACAUCGACGAUAUCAAAGCGUUGUCAUCGUUGCGAAUGCAAAAAAUAAAAAUCGGGGCAAUCUCGACCUCUCGCCAUUUCUUACACGUUCACAGGGACACGUAUAAAUGCAUACACACAUGUUUAAACACGUAUAAACACAAUGUUCGCACGAUGACGCAAAUACUAUAAUACAUAUACAUAAAGGAGCACUACCAUUUGACGUCAAUUUUAUUCUCUCAGCAACGAAUCCACAGGCAGCUUGAUUUUUGAUCGUUCACAAACUAUUUCAUCGUAUCCUGUGAUUUCGGUGCUUCUUUCGGGAGAAUCUGUAUGUUGUUGAUAAGGAAAACGAAAGAAGGAUAUGUUCAACCGUUUCUGUGAUUGACAGAAAAGACCUGCUAAUUUGAGAAUUGAAGAAAAAGGGUUGAAACGUUUAUGAUCCGACGUUGUUAACGAAAAGAAAUAUGUAUUGUAUGUAUAUCAACUAUUAACAGUGAUGGUUUCAUUGGGAAUAUUUCAGACAGAAAAUUGUUAUCCUGUAUUUAACAUGUACACUUUCUAUGACUAGAAUUUUCACGAAAAGUGGAAAUAGUAGAUGGAUAAUAAUAAUUUUAGAGAAAUAGCUGAAAGUAAAGGUGGUCAGGAUCGUCUAAAAUUUUAUCAUUUAACUGGAACAUCAUCUUGUGACUUAGAGUUUACCCGUGAACACAUCGACGUGCAUAUAAAAUAGCGCGAUGGGAAGAUGUGCAAGAUUCAAAGCGAAUAAAAAACGAAAAAAAUGGUAAUACUCGUCGAUACGCAAACGUUGAUGUAAAUAAACGAACGAUGUAAGAGAAAUCUUAGAAGAAAUGAAAGAAGCAACGGAAGUACGAGGAAGUAUAUACAUAUAUGCAUAUAUGUACACAAACGUAUAAUACCAUUUUGAAAAUUCGCUUGAAUCACGGAACACACUAAUUGCAAAAAGCUAUAACAUAAACGCGCUACUAUUAUAGAAGUUAUCAUUAUCAUUAUAUUAUUAUUAUUAUUAAUUUUUAAUUAUUAUUAUUAAUUUUUAAUUAUUAUUAUUAUUAUCAUCAUUAUUAUUAUAUUUUACUAUAAGCAACAUGAAAUUUAAAGUAUAACUAGAUAGGAAAUCCAGCUUGUCGAAUGACGUAAUUAUCAAUAUAUUUAAAUAUCAUCAUCGAGUUUGCUCUUUCUAUUUUAAUUGGGUAUACGAGAGAUGCGAAUAUUUAUUGACAAAAAACAUUACACAAAUUUUCCUCAACUCGAUUUCUUUUAUAUAUAUAUAUAUCAAACUCGGAUCAAACUCGAAGAAUUAAGUUCAAUAUUUAUUUGGAUAAAGAGAAAUUAUCGAAAAAAAAGAGAAAAAACAAAAGUUACCGAGUCAAUUAUUCUUCUGCGAGCGAAUACGUCAAGCGACAAGCUGAAAACACAAAAGGAGGAAUAUGUUACAAUAGAAUUAUUAAAUUUCCAACAGGAUGCAA